AUGGUUCCAGAAGUAUACAUGCAAUGGAUGAAAGUGAUCUAUCACGGAGCCACGAGCCACGUGAAGACUGUGGCAGGACAGUCGAAACCAUUCCGUACAAAGAACGGCGUACAUCAGGAAUCGGUGCUCUCUCUUCUCUUUAUCACUGUCAUGGACGCAGUGACGGAAGCUUUCGAACGACAGCCUCCAUGGACUCUACUGUAUGCAGGCGACAUGGCCGAGAACAAAAAAGAAUGA